AUGGCACACAGGUUUGCAUUUGAGACUCUCGAUCAAACGUUCAAAGAUAUAAUAGGCGUUAACCUGCCAUAUGGAGGAAAGGUCAUGAUCUUUGGAGGAGAUUUUCGACAAGUUGUUCCAGUUGUUCCAAAAGGUACAAGGUCUGAAUUGAUUAAUGGGGAACAAGAAACUAUGAUAGACGACAUGAUGCAAUUACCAUCAUCUAUGGUCAUUCCAUGGAAUGGUGAAGAAUCCAUUGUCCAAUUGGUUAAUGAAGUUUUCCUUGAUUUAGAAUGUCAUGUAUGUGAUGCAAGAUACUUGGUAGAAAGAGCAAUUAUAACACCAAAAAAUGAGGAUGCUGACAAACUCAAUAAAAUGAUCAUCGAUAAGUUUUCGGGGACUGAACAUAUCUUAUACUCUUUCGAUUCAGUUGAGGACGAUGUGAGAAAUUUGUAUCAACAAGAAUUCUUGAAUUCAAUCUCAUCUGGUGGAAUGCCCCUUCAUUAG